AUGAACCACGAUCCGUUUGCCUGGGGCAGACCACGUGACGAAGUCUACGGCGCCUACAACCAUGCUAUAGCCUCUGCUGGCGUCAAGGAGGCAUCCGAUAUCCCAACGACACACACUCAACAACCGAUUAUCACUGGUACAUCUGUUUUGGGGCUCAAGUUCAAGAAUGGUGUGGCCAUUGCCGCCGACAAUAUGGGCUCCUACGGAUCUCUUCUCAGAUUCAGCAACAUUGAGCGUUUGAUUCGUGUUGGCAAGGAAACCAUUGUGGGAAUCUCCGGUGACAUCUCUGACUUACAGCAUAUCGAGAGACUCUUGCACCAAUUGGAAACCGAAGAGGAGAUCUAUGACACCGACGGUGGCCACAACUUGCGUGCUCCCCACGUGCACGAGUACUUGACCCGCCUUUUGUACAACAGAAGGCUGAAGAUGGACCCCUUGUGGAACGCUGUCAUUGUGGCAGGCUUUAACGACGACAGAACGCCAUUCAUGAGAUACGUUGACCUUUUGGGUGUUGCAUACGGCGCGCUGGCUCUUGCCACGGGCUUCGGUUCCCACUUGGCCAUUCCCUUGUUGAGAAAGUUGGUGCCAUACGAUCUGGACUUCGAGAAGGUGACUGAGGACGAGGCCUGCGAGGCCAUGCUCAACUCCAUGAGAGUGCUUUACUAUAGAGACGCGCGUGCGGGCGACAAGUUCUCCUUGGUGGUGUUGACUGUCGAGGACGGCAAGGUGGACUUGAAGUUCGAGAAGGGCGUGAAGGUGGAGAACCAGAGCUGGAAGUUUGCGGAGAAGAUCAUUGGUUACGGCAGCAAACAGCUAUAG